AUGGUUUCCCAGAAGAGUGAAAUGCGUGUCGAAAGCAAUCGUCCUGCAACCGCAACCCACGGUACCAAUCCUACUGCAGCAAUGGCUGCCACGGCGCUGUCAACCACGACUUCAUCGUCUGGCUUCGGUUGCUGUCCGGCGAAUGGUGAAAGCUCAUCGAUCGACGAUUCGAUCGAACUGAACGACAGCCAGGAAGGAGGCAAUAACAACACCAUGUACCACAACGGGCUGCUCGAGAAACAGGACUACCACUUCCCGAAACGUCCACCGGUGGAUAUCGUGUUCCGCGACAUUCGCUACGAUGUGAAGCGCUUCAACAUCGCCAAGGCGAAGUUUGAAUCGAAAGAAAUUCUUCACGGAUUGAACGGAUCUUUCAAGUCCGGCGAGUUGACGGCAAUCAUGGGUCCAUCGGGAGCCGGCAAAAGCACACUGCUCAACAUUAUGGCCGGCUAUGUAUCGUCAGGCGUGAGUGGAAUGGUGCAAGUGAACGGUAAGAGCCGGUCACACAACUCGGAAAGUUUCCGCAAGCUCUCCUGCUACAUUCAGCAGCACGACGCCCUUCGACCCUGGCUGACGGUAAAUGAGGCCAUGACCUGCGCGACCCAUCUGAAGCUUGGCUUCGGGAUCGCAUUAAGCGAGAAACGCAAACUGAUCGAGAAGAUUCUCUUCAUGCUCGGGCUGGAGCAAAAGGGCAACACACCGACGAUGGGACUUUCCGGAGGACAGAAGAAGCGUCUGGCGAUCGCAUUGGAGAUGAUCAGCAAUCCGCCGAUCCUGUUCCUGGACGAGCCGACGACCGGACUCGACAGUUCGUCCUGUGCCCAGUGCAUUUCUUUACUUAAGAGGUUGGCCCAAGACGGACGAACGAUCGUCUGCACCAUCCACACGCCCAGCGCUCUGCUGUUUGAGAUGUUCGAUCAGCUCUACACGGUGGUGCAAGGACACUGCUUUUAUCAAGGUCCCACCAAGGAGAUGCUACCGUUUCUGGGUGAUCUUGGCUACCACUGUCCUAGCUACCACAACCCGGCCGAUUUCAUGAUGGAGAUCGCCGUAGGAGAGUAUGGAGCCGACGUGGGAAAGGUGAUCAAGGCUGCGCUGAAGAAAUAUUACGAAAUCAGUAGUCGCUGCAUCGAGCUGGAUUCGGCGUUUGAUGAUAACGACAAAAUUAUGGAAAGUUACUCAAUCGGGGGUAAAACAGAGGAAAUGUGCAAGCUUCGAAAAGACAACGAAGUAACGGACAAUUCAUCGUACGAGGAAGCAGACAUAUUUUCAAAAUCGAAACCAGCGUCCCUAAUGAUGCAGUUUUUACUGCUUUUUUAUCGAAAUUUAUUAAUGACGCGACGAAACUAUUUCUUACUGUUUUGUAGAAUUUUUGCACAUGCAACGGUCGCUACCCUAUUUGGCUAUCUCUACAGUGGCGUAGGUCCAAAUGCCAAUCAAGUUUUGGCAAACUACGUAUAUCUCUACGGCUCAAUGCUGAUGAUGGUGUACACCGGAAAAAUGGCAGUCGUGUUAUCCUUCCAAAUCGAAAUGGAAUCGUUGACGAGGGAACAUUUCAACCGUUGGUACAAGCUGGGCCCUUAUUUUCUAUCCGUGCUGGUCCUUGAGGUUCCAGUGCAGAUUUUUUGCUCUCUAAUAUACGUCGUGAUCAGCUAUCACCUGACUGGAAACUAUGUAAACCUCGAGCGUUUCUUUGUGUUCGCGUUAUUCUGCGUGGCUGGCUCGAUUUGUGCACAGUCGUGGGGUUUCUUCGUUGGAGCAACACUCUCUGUAAAGCUUGCUGUUUUCAUUGGACCGAUUUUAGCAGUGCUCUUCUCUGUGUUUGGAUUCUGCACCCGUUAUGUGGACAUAACACCGCUCUUCAAGUGGAUGUGGCAUAUAAGUUACUAUCGAGCGAGUUUCCACGGCAUUCUCAACUCGGUUUAUGGAAUGAAUCGUGAGGAUCUGCAUUGUCCGGAGACGCAGAUCUAUUGCCACUUCAAAAACCCAGUGCUGUUCCAAAAGGACAUGGACAUCGAGCAUGUGGAUAUGCAAUCGAACUUCGUGCUCAUAGUCCUGAUCAUCAUCACGAUGUACAUAGGCACGGUGUUUGUGCUGUGGUAUAAGCUCAAUAAGCGGCCGGUGAAAAUGGCCGAUGAGUCUUUUGAAAUGAACAGCACGGCUGAGACGGAUCCAGACACCGAGGCCGGUGUUGUGGCUGGAGUAGGCAGUCGACGUGCAGGUGCUGCCAAUCUGGAACCGUUGCGAAUCCCGCAGGUACCGUGCGUCGACCAGGAGGUCGCAGCACCAUCGUUGGUUGCGGCUCGACUCUUCAAACCGGUCACGGUAGGCUUCAAAAACCUGUCGUACUCGGUACGCAAUGGAAUAUUUCGAAAAGGUCGGGACAUACUGAAAGAUAUCAGCGGAGAGUUCCGAGCCGGAGAGCUGACUGCCAUCAUGGGCCCUUCUGGAGCGGGCAAGAGCACACUUCUGGACAUUUUGGCGGGCUUCACGGAGGGUGGUUUCACGGGAGAGAUUCUCGUCAACAAGCAGCCAAGAGAUUUAAAACGCUUUCGGCGUAUGUCCGCCUAUAUUAUGCAGGAUCAUGAUCUACAACCACACCUGACCGUGCUGGAAGCGAUGCAUUUUUCUGCUAAUCUCAAAAUCGGAACGGAGCUGAGUCCGGCGAGCAAAAAAAUUCGUAUGAACGAAAUUCUCCGUGCCAUCGGUUUGUAUGAGGCGAAGAAAACCCGUACUGGUAGGCUCUCAGGAGGGCAAAAGAAACGGCUAGCAAUUGCAUUGGAAAUCGUUAACAACCCACCGGUGAUGUUCUUUGAUGAGCCCACGAGUGGACUAGAUAGCUCCACCUCGACGCAGUGCGUAGCACUGCUGAAACAGUUAGCUCGCGAGGGUCGAACGAUCAUUUGCACCAUCCAUCAACCGUCGGCGCUGCUGUUCAACAUGUUUGACCAUCUGUAUGCAGUUGCCGAGGGCGAGUGUAUCUAUACUGGUGGUACCGGGAACAUCGUCUCGUUUCUGAAAGAGCUUGACAUCGUUUGCCCAGAGCAUUACAAUCCUUCGGAUUACCUACUGGAAAUUGCAACGCAUGACUACGGUAGGCUGAACGAUAAUCUAGUCGAAAAAAUGAUGAACGGUCAGAGCAACUUCUAUCGCAACCCAGAAUCGUUCUCUCCCUCUUUCGAGAGCAAGCUGAUGCCGAUUAACGAAGCUUCACCUGGGGGACCAGAAGGACCAAUGGUGCUACUGGAGAUGCCACUUUUCCCCGAGAACGACACUAACCAACGGCCUGUGUCUCCCGUACUUGCAAAACCAAAGAAGCUCGCCAAGAAGUUAUCGUUUAAUCCGGAAAAGUGGUGUGGCCGUGAUGAAGUUUACACGACAAGCUUUUGCCGGCAGUUUUCGUUGUUAUUGCUGCGCACGUUUCUGAUACUCAGUCGAGACCGAUCGCUGAUGACCAUGCGCUUUGCAAUUCACUGUUUCAUCGCACCACUUAUCGGCAUGCUGUAUUUCGGUAUUGGCAACCAAGCGGCGCAGAUCUUCAACAACUUCAACUAUAUCUUCUUCUCCAUCAUGUUUCUGAUGUUCACAGCAUUCAGCUCGAUGACUAUGGCUUUUCCACUUGAGCUGCCGAUCAUCACACGAGAACAUUUUAAUCGCUGGUACUCUUUACGGGCGUACUACAUCGCCAUGACGGUAGCGGACAUACCUAUUCAGCUGCUUUGUACCGUCACCUACAUAGUCAUAACGUACUACAUGACCGGCCAGCCUCCGGAAGCUUUCCGUAUUGGUCUGUUUACGUUGAUCUGUCUCAUGGUGGCUUGGGUGGCACAAGGAUUAGGCCUGCUGGUGGCAUCGCUGUUUGAUGUGAAGAAUGGAGCCAUCUUUGGGCCUUUUUUCAUCUGCCCGUUUUUGGUAUUCUCCGGGUUCUUCAUUCAUCUGACCGAUGCCCACCCGGUGAUGCAUUGGCUGUUUCACAUCUCAUUUCUCAAGUACGCCCUAGAGGGUGCGUCAAUAGCAAUCUUCGGGUACGAUCGGCCUCGCAUGGACUGCGAGGAAACGUACUGUCAUUUCGUGUUGCCAAAGAAGUUCCUGAAGGAGGUCGAUAUGCUACAGGCAGACUUUGUUGAGGCUGUGAUAGCGCUAAGUGUGAUAUUCUUCGUCUUUAGAGAUCAAAAUGGCAAGCGACCCAAGGACAUCAUCAAGAACGUGUCGGGAAGAUUUCAACCGGGACGUCUGGUGGCCAUUUUGGGACCAUCCGGUGCUGGAAAGUCCUCAUUACUGGGGAUCCUCUCGGGGUUGAAGCAAACGGGAUUCAUCGGAACGAUCGAGAUCAAUGGGGUCAUACUGGAUGGAGAUAAAUAUCGCAGGCAGUGUGUCUACAUCCAGCAGGAUUUUAACUUGAUCGAGCACCUGACUGUGCUAGAAACAAUGCAUUAUGCGGCAGAGCUUAAGAUGCCCAGACAGUCACGUUCGGAGAUGGUACGUAAGAAAAAGGUGAACGAUAUUCUACGGAUUCUUGGUCUGGCGGCUAACAUGCAGACGCUAGUGAAAAAGCUUUCGGGUGGUGAAAAGAAACGUCUUUCAAUCGGAAUUGAAAUGGUGAGUAAUCCACCGAUCAUACUGCUCGAUGAGCCGACGAGUGGACUCGACACCGUUUCCGCGAUGGAGUUGAUGAGCUACGUCAAAACAGUGGCAAACGACGGACGCACCAUCGCCUGUGUUAUCCACCAGCCGUCGUCGAGUUUGUUCCAGUUGUUCGAUGAUCUGUACCUCCUUUCGGCUGGAGCAUGCAUCUUCAGCGGUCCGCUGAACGAGAUGGUGACCACAUUUGCCGAAACUGGUUUCCACUGCCCGAAGUUUUACAACCGUGCCGAUUUCGCUUUAGAGGUUGCAUCUAAGCCCCUCCGAGACGUCGAACAUCUAGUACAUCGCUUUAGUAGACUAUCGAUUGAUCAGAAGCAAUCAGGCCAAGAAAACAGCAUAAACGUCAAAGAUGAUUAUCCAAAUUCUACGGCUAUCGAAGAAGAGAUGGCCAUAGAACCAACCAAGCCUUCAACUCAUCGACGCAACCAAUCUUCCCAAUGGAAACAAUUCUAUGUUCUGUUACGAAGGUCGUUACGCGUUACGUCUAGAGAUUUUUUCUUUGCGCAGCUUAGAGUGAUUGCCCAUAUUUUAGUAGGGUUAUUGCUGGGAGCAGUGUUCUAUCAAUCCGGCCAAGACGGCGCGCUAGUGAUGGUGAAUGGAGCUUGUCUAUUUUUCUUCCAGCUGUUCAUUUUCUUCGGCAACUCGAUGCCAUGCGUAAUAACUUUUCCCAUGGAGACCAAAGUAUUCAUCCGAGAGCGACUCAAUAACUGGUACUCACUUGAGGCAUACUAUUUGUCGAAAAUCGUUGCCGAUCUGCCGCUACAGAUUCUUUGUCCUUCGUUGUUUCUCACAAUCGCUUACUAUCUGACGGAUCAACCUCUGGAAUUGGAGCGUUUCGGGAAGAUCUAUUUGGUGAUGCUGCUGCUCGGUAUAUUCGCCCAAACCGUGGGUCUUCUCUCAGGGGCUGCAUUCAACAUUCAGAUGGCUACCUUCUUCGUACCGUGCUUCAGCAUCCCUUCGCUGCUGUUUUCCGGUUUCUUCGUGAAGACGUAUGAAAUGAACGACUACCUUAGCAAAAUUUCGUACAGUUCCUUUUUCCGAUACAGCUUGCAAGGCUCAUUACAGGCAAUCUACGGCGGAAACAGGACGGCUUUCCCUUGCUCGAAGAUAGUUUGCUACUACAAUAAACCGAUCAAGUUCCUCAAGUUUAUGGACACUUCGGAAGAUGGAUAUUGGGAAAACGUAUAUGUACUGCUUGGGUUUAUAAUGGUAUUUCAAAUAAUUUUGUAUGUUGUGUUACGCUACCGAUUAAAAGUAUAUCAAUGAAGGGUGC